CUGUGAUCUAAAUUUUGGUCUACAUUCAUCAUGAAGCCUAUCAAAAUGCAAAAGUACUCUGCAGUUGCGUCACUCAAACGUAGAUGUCAAGUAGGUAAUCAACAUCUGAAGAAUUCAAGUAGCUACUCCUCAUCAUCUCUUAAAGGAUUCAGUUUCUCACUCCAUGGGGGAUUUCAGAAGGCACCUACAGGAGCUUCAUGUGUCUUUAGCAAGAGCAACCAUGAAGUCUCCAAUUUAUCCCAAAAUAGAGGUUCCCAUAUGUCAAUGUUUGGAAGCUCUCAUAAUACCAGUCAUGAAGGACCCAAUACAUCUCAUCAAAAAAGCUCUACUACGAUUUGUCAUGGAGCUGCUAGCAAGUCCCAUCAUGGAAACAACAACAUAGGUCUACAUGGAAAAUCAGGCUAUAAAGGAGUUUCUUUUUCUAAACGAACGUCCAUCAGUCAUGGAAGCAUGCAUAUCAGACAUAGUCGCAGUUCUCAUUUUGGCAGCUUUGGAGACCACAGUAAUUGGAAGAAUAGCGGACUGUUAAAUAUAAAUGAAAAAGAAACCAUGACAAUUUUAAAUGAUCGACUUUCUUCUUAUCUGGAGAAAGUAAACUCACUGGAAAAGGAGAACACACAGUUGGAAAGGAAAAUCAGUGAAUGGUAUGAAAAUAAUACACCCAGCAAAUUCCCUGAUUCUAGCAGAUACUUCAAGAUGAUUACAGAUCUCCAGACCCAGGUAAAACACCUAAUGAUAAGCAGCAUAUCAAUAUAAAUUAAUUAUCUCAGAAUACUCUGUCUAAAAAAGACACGUAAGACAUCAGGUAAUUUGGGCUUUGUGUGACAAUUAGAGGUAUGAAGAAUAGUCUCUAUAGGAUUAAAGUUAACGCAGGAUUAUGAGGUUUUUUAGUUUAUCUAAAGACAAAACAAAAAAAAACAAGAACUGUACAAAAACAAGAACUGUGAAUUGUAUUACUUAAGAUUAACUAUAUAACUUGGGAUGCUGACUAGGGCAAUUACACCCUGGGAUAAAAGCUUAAUAAAAGUUUAAUAGAAAUCAUACGUUAUUGAAUUCUCAGCAAAUAUUCACAGUUGAAGUUUUAGGAACAAAAAUGAGAUGCUUGCAUUCAAAAAUAUAUUAAGCAGUGCAUUUGCUGAGAGACUGUCAAAAAAAUGCAAAAUGUGAAGUCUCUUUCAAAAAUAUGUUGUGGUCAGUCUUACAGUAAAAUUUAUUGUACAGGUUUCUUUAACCGCCAUGGAAAAAAACAGGAUCAUCCUACAAAUAGACAAUGCAAGGCUUGCCUCUGAUGACUUAAAGAACAAGUAAGUCUUUCAUAUAAGAGAUGCAAUAGGUUUUUGACGUAUGUUUUAAUGUAUUUGUAUCUCAUCAUAUCCAGAUAGAAGAACAUAUUUUUUUCAUAUUUUGUACAAUUGCAAUGCUAAUUUUAUUUUAUUUUUUGUCUGGUUCUGUGUUAGUUUAUGACCCAGAUUCUUUUGUGUGCGUAACUUGAUGUAAAAACCACUGAAAUUCAAGCACAGUUCAGAGGUAGAUAUUUUGGUCCAUCCUAUAUAGAUGACUUUAAUAUGCAUAAUCUCAAAACAACUGUCCAAACUAGUCCUCAGGUACCCUCUACCAGUCCUGGAUUUAGGGAUUACCGAGUUGUGUCUACAGUGUUUAUAGAAAAAAAAACACUUAAGAUGCAACAGGGUAAUACCUAAAUCCUGGACUGGUAUGGGAUACUUAAGGACUGUGUUGGGAACCACUGUAUUAGAGAAUGUUAGUGGCGGAGGAGAAGAUACACAGGGUUCAAAGUGAAUUCCAAGUCACAUAUGGUUUGAUUUUGGCUACUUUGGUCUUAAAUUUUAAAUUCACUUUGAACACACUUUCUCACAUUAGUGAGAUACCCUGUGAAUUCUAGUAAAGAUAUAGAAGAAGAAGGGAAUAAAAGUUGCAAAAACGCAGUAAGUAAAGGUAAAUUAUUCGUAGAAUAGGAGGGGUUAGAAUGGUCGAUCUUUGUUAUUUGCUACAUUUCAGUGCAGACUACCUUUAUUUGAUAUGAUCAAUUCUAAAUGUACCUCAAUUUAAAUUAACUUAUCUGUAUACCUAUUCUCUAUCUUUAGGUAUGAAAUGGAGCUUCAAUUAAGUAAUAGCACUAUGACAGAUGUAAAGAGUUUGCAAAGAUUUUUGGAAGGACUGAACCGAGAGAGAUGUGACCUGGACAGAGAGGUCCACAACCUUCAAGAAGAACUACAGCAAAUGAAAGUGAAUAAUGAGGAGGUAGAUGACAGGAUUUCUAAAUUAUUUUUGUGAAGCAUAUUAACUGUCAAUUGUUUGUCAAUGUCAGCAUUUUUUAGGCAUGUAUUUAUGAGAUGAUGUUGGCUGGUGAACUUUUUACUAUUUAUCAUCAUUCCUUUGUAGGAAGCCAGCAGUCUUCGUUCUCAGCUGGGUGCCAGGGUGAAUGUGGAGCUCAAUGCGGCGCCGUCCAUGGAUUUGAACAGCGCUUUGUCUAAGAUUCGAGACCAGUAUGAAAAUCUGAUGGACAAGAACUUAAUGGAAUCUGAAAAUAUGUUUCUACAAAGGGUACGUAGAGGUAUCCAAAAUGCUGUCCUAAUAAACUGAACUUUUCUGAAAGUUGCAAAAACCUUUUAUACUAUAAUAUUGUAAUCCAACCAUUUAAUUUAUGAUCUCAUUUUCUUUUAUUUGUAAUAAGCCAAACAUACUGUAAGUAAAUGUACAAGAGUACUACUUACCCUAGAACAGGAGUAGGCAAUCUUUUCUCUUGCAAUCAUAAUGCUGGAAAAGCAUCAGGGAGAUGUAGUCUACAACAUCUUGUGUGCCGAAGGUUACCUACCCCUGCUCUAGAAAAAAAAUAAAGCAAAUUAAGAAUUAUCUCAGAUGUUAUUUUCAUUCAAAAAGAACUUGCCCUUGAACUUAUUGUUUUUUUGUUUCUGUCCAUGCAGACCUAGCCACACCUCCCAUAGGCUGCAUACACAGCCUGGAUGAAAUACUUGUUUCAUUUUAAAACAUAUCUCAACUUACUUUAGACAUUUAUAUCUCCUAUAUCUGUAAAUUAAACUGUAAUCACACAAGCUCCUGCAGGUUCUAUGAGAAUAUUAACAGAGCAGGAGAUAAGAAAAUGUAAUUUCUAAACCAUGAGAUGAGAAAUUCUACAUUAAUCAGACUGAAAAAUCACUCUCUACAAUGCCACAAACUCCACUUCAUUUAAAAAACUGAAUAUUAUUUUUAAUGAAGAAAUAGCUCUUCUAAAUAUAGCUCUUUUUAGACAUAGCUCUUCUAAACAUUUGUUAGGCCUUAUCAUAAUUCCACUUACUGGCUUAUUCCAUAAGGAAAACAUACUAAAUAUAAAACCCAUUCCUGUAGGUGUUCUAAACUAAAUCAACGUUCCUCUUACCUGGCCACACAUGCUUUGAUUGAUCACUCUGGACUCAUUGUACAAUUUGGGUAGUGAGACAUUGUAUUUUCUUCAUUUGACUGUGGAAUGGGUUCUGCAUGACUAGAUUAUUAUAACACCUGCAGAAAAUAACUCAGCUUUAGAGAGAUCCUCUAAAUGGCAUUUUGCUGACAAUCUAGAAGAUAUUCACACUGGACUAGUGUUUAAUGAGACCUUAUUGCUGAUUUAGUCUUGAUAAAAUAUAAGAUAUUAGUCCAUUGCUAAAUUACAUCUGGCUGUUGACCACACAGCAGAUAAUGAUCCAUAUCCAGAUUCUAAUCCAACUUUUUCAUGAUACUCUACAGUUUUCCAAAAUUCCAGAGCAAUGGCUAUUUUAAGUUAUACAUACCUAGACUGGUGUCUUACAUUCCAUCAUGAAUUCUACUGGCUGGAUAUGUUCUUCAUUUUAUUUGAAAACGUUAAAGGACCACUAUAGUGCCAGGAAAACAUACUCGUUUUCCUGGCACUAUAGUGCCCUGAGGGUGCCCCCACUUACCUUUUUCCAGCACUGGGCGGGGAGCUCUCCUCCUCCGAUCCGCCUCCUCUCCUCCCCGUCGGCUGAAUGCGCGCGCAUUCAGCCGGUCGCAUAGGAAAGCAUUCACAAUGUUUUCCUAUGGACGCUGGCAUGCUCUCACUGUGAAAAUCAUCAUUGACAGCCGCUAGAGGCUUUGGGGGAAGGCUUAACCCAUUCAUAAACAUAGCAGUUUCUCUAAAACUGCUUUUUUUUAAUAAAAGAAUGGGUUAAUCCUGGCUGGACCUGGCACCCAGACCACUUCACUAAGCUGAAGUGGUCUGGGUGCCUAGAGUGGUCCUUUAAACUUUCUUCCCUUAUCAUUUAAGAUCCAGUUAAAUAUCAUAUUACCCACCUACAAAACACAAUUUGCUUAUCUUAAUUAUAAUGCAAAUACAACCCCAACAUUUUUCUAGUUUUGUCUAUUUAAUAUCAGCAAUCAGUUUCCCUCAUUAUCCUAUUUGUCCACAUAUAUCUUAUCUCAAUCAAUUUUCUGCAUUCAUCUUAUUUAAUUAUGCAUUCUUCAACUGCAUAUGUAAUUUAAUUUGUAUGAACUUACACACUUAGAACUUAGCUGCCAAUUUUCUGUGGUAUACUUUAAACAUUUCAAUUUUUAGUUAGGCUGUAAGCUUACAUUAGCAGAACGCUCAUCACUUGUCUAUGAUUACCUUAUUUUCUUAAAAUGACUGAGUAGUGCUGUAGAAUGUCUGAUACUUUAAUUAAUAAUAAUAAUAAUACUAUGGUAAUGCACAUAUGGCUUUAUUUAACAUAAUUUAAUAAGUAGUGAGAUGUCUCUAUAGAUAAAUGAACAAAAUCUUAAUAUUUGACAUCUUCUCAAGUUAACUACAUACAGCUUAAUACUAGAAGUAUCAUGAAUUAAUAAGGUUUAUAAUGAGAUAUAACUCUAAAUAUGUUCUAAAUGUCUGAUGUGUGUUGUACCAGAGUGAAGAAUUAGCUCACCAGGUUGAGUCUGGGGCUGAACAAAUGCAAUCAGUACUAACCAAGGGUAUUGAGCUGAAACGUACCAUUCAAACCUUGGAGAUUGAGCUACAGAGUCAGCUGAGUAUGGUAAGUGUAAUGAUCUUGCUGAUGUUAAAGUUCCAUGUGCUGUAAUAACCUGUAAUGUUCCUAAUAAUUAGUUUACUUUUUCUAAUUGAACAUGAAGUGUUCUUAUAUUAAUUUUAAAACGUAAACCUAAUCUUUGCCAAACUUACUGUUUACAGACAUCAGCUCUAAAGCAUAGUCUAGAAGAGACACAAACCAACUAUGGAUCUCAGAUUGGCCAGUUACAGAGUAUGAUCGAUAAUAUAGAAUCUCAGCUAUCAGAGGUUAGAUCUGACCUGGAACGCACGAAUCACAAGUACAAAAUCCUUAUGGAUCAGAAGAACUAUCUGGAGAUGGAGAUUGCAACCUACAAACGACUUCUAGAGGGUAACGAUAUCCAGUAAGUACAAGAGAACUAGUUUAUGUUAUGUGGUUUCAUUAAGAAAAUGAGUAUCAGUAAUAAAAAGAGUCCAUUGUAAUGGCUCAACAUAAACAUAUAGCAGAACAGUUAAAAUCGUGACUAGUGUAGCAUAUGGUAGAGGCUUGGAAAAUAUGGGAAAGGCAUUUAAAGACAAAAGCAAGGAGGAGGAGGCAAUCUGAAUGCAAGAUGAUCAUGGACCAGGGGGGUAAUAACACUCUAUAGAAGGUUUGCUCGGAGAGGUUUGAAUCCUCACUAUCAAAAAACUUACAUAGGGGAAAAAAAUAUUUAAAAAUAAUUUCUAUAUUUAUAAUAACAAAUAAAUGAAUACAGCUCACGACCCAUCACUGUGGGACCCAGCGCACAGGUUUCUUUGUAGAGGGGACCCUCAAAGAGAGAACUACUUACUGAUCAAACAGAAUGGGGAAGUUGGAAGGGAGGCCAAGCACACACUGCUGGCGGGAUUGGUAUAGAGCUUAAAGGUACACAUAUAAACCUAGAUGCUAGACAUUCCAAGAAAGACAGGAAGCUGUACACGAGAGCUACCCACAUUGUACAAAGUUAUUCCCCAUCGUGUGUACCAGGACACAUUACAGACAGGCAGUUAUUGUUCGGCUAGGCCACAAUUGAUGGGUUGUACAAGACUAGCAUGGGGAACUUGUAAACCACAAAGAAUAUGUGGUGCAAGUUGAAUGGGAACUGAAGGGUAAAGGCCCAGGAAAGCCUGUAGCAUUCCCUCUACUACACAACUCUCUCAGAGCUGGUUGAUAAUAGACGCGAACACCUUAGACAGACAAAGAGGUACCACAAACACACAAAUUAAACUGGCAUAAGCCAGUGGCUAUCUGCAUCCCCCUUUUAAACUACCACCAAUGCUGACAGAACCAACCUGACAAUUACAACCGAUAACAGGAAGUGCCCCAAUAUAACCCAUAAUCGAUGGGACGUUAUGACUUGCCUACUGAGGAUAUACAAUAGGGGUUUAAGAGAUGUUGGUUGUGUCCAACAUCAUGUUCCCACCAGGGACAUGCCAUCAAUUCGAGCACAUAUGGCAUGAAUGUAAAGUAUUAUAUUAUAGCUGUAUCUGAACUGUACUGUGGUCCAUGUGGAUGUUAAUGAGAUGUAUGAUUAAUGUUUUUCCCAUUUCCCUUUUUUCCUUUAUCUACCCUAUAUUUUUCCAAAGAAAACAAUAACAAUUGUCGAAUUGAAAACAAAAACAUGACUAGUGUAGGCGAGGUUAAAAAUAACAAACACAGGAACAAUUAAAGAAUACAACAGAUCAAAUAGAUAAACUAACAACCGUGGCUUUACUUUACAAAUACUGAUAAGAUAUUUUUUUAAAUUUUAGGGUUAAAUGUUAUCCCAAUACCAGUGGAAAAGAUGGUAAGUAGAAAAAAAAAUUGUGUUAUCAAAAUUUACUAGUAACCAUCAUUAUUUAACUUUCAAGAUUCAUAUUGUAUUCUGUCCAUAGUCUUCUUAUACCAGCAAUGUUUUUGCCUUAAGUAGAAGUGCAUUCAAUCCUUUUUUGUUUGGUCGAUCUUACACUAGACCAAGGUAUUAAAUACCCCUAACACUAUUUUUAAAGGGGAACUAUUACUUCCCUGGAUUCUUAAUAUUAUACUUACUUAUCCCACUAUUUAACAAAUAUGUCUUUGUAAGGUAUGAAAAUCCACAUCUCUGUAUCCUGAGAAUGGGAGGAAUGGUACAACACUUCUAUUUUUCCAUUUCAUUUGUAAUAUGUUUCAUGGCUUUGCCGUGUCUGAAUUAUAAUGUCGUUUGCUACACUUUUAACAGAAAUGUAAAAUAAAAAGUGGAACAACUCAUAAAUAAAUAGAUUUCAAUGUUUUAUUUAACUGUGUGAAUUCCAAAGAAAUGACAGUUCCCCGUUAGCCAUAGUUGAUAUAGUUUUAAAGGUACGCUUGCAAUAAAAAUAACAACUAUCGACUCAACACAAUUUUACCCAAGUUCAUCACACACCCUAUCACUAUAUAUAUUUAGCAAUUUUGAUUUAACAUGGUAUUUAUUUAUUUUUAUUUUUUUUCAUUUUUAGCAUCUGAUAAUGGGCACAAUAACCGAAAAAAUGACCUUCAUGAGUGACUUGAAGAAGAGAAACUGAAUUUAUAAAUUUAAAUCUGAAUUGUAUUUUAAUUGUCUCAACU